UCUGCCUCCAACAACAAGAAGCAGGAGCCAGGCAACAUGGCCGACCUGGGGAAGAAGUACUGCGUGAACUGCCUUGCAGAUGUUACGAACCUGCGGCUCCGCUGCACCGACUGUCCCGAUAUCGAGCUGUGUCCGGAGUGCUUCUCGGCGGGCGCAGAGAUCGGUAAUCACCGGAGAUGGCACGGCUACCAGUUGUUCGACGGCGGUCGGUUCUCGCUCUGGGGUCCCGAGGCAGAGGGAGGAUGGACCAGCAGGGAAGAGCAGUCGCUGCUCGAUGCUAUCGAGCAAUAUGGAUUUGGAAACUGGGAGGACAUGGCCACUCAAGUCGGAGCGUCCCGCACUCCUCAGGAAGUCAUGGAACACUACGUCACCAUGUACAUCCACGGAAACCUGGGCAAGGCAUGCAUCCCUGACAGCAUUCCCAACCGGGUGACCGACCACACCUGCCCAAGCGGGGGGCCCCUGUCGCCCAGCCUCACCACCCCGCUCCCUCCGCUGGAUAUCAGCCUGGCUGAGCAGCAGCAGCUGGGCUACAUGCCGCUACGUGACGACUAUGAGAUUGAGUACGACCAGGAUGCGGAGAAGCUCAUCAGCGGACUUUCUGUGAACUACGAUGACGAGGAUGUGGAAAUUGAAAUGAAGCGUGCUCAUGUGGACAUGUAUGUGCGCAAGCUCCGAGAACGCCAGAGACGUAAGAAUAUCGCCCGAGACUACAACCUGGUACCUGCCUUCCUGGGCCGGGACAAGAAGGACAAAGAGAAAGAGAAACCGGGAGCGCUGGGAGUCAUAGGCACUGCUGGUGGUGUGGGUGGGGCAGGAACUGGCGGUGGCACAGUAGGAUCAGGUUCCACAACAGCUGCAGGAUCGGGUCCUGUUCCGAGCACACCCAAAAGAAAGAUCACCAAGGAAGAGAAGGAGCAGCGGGUCAGGCUGCGGGCGCUUUGCCAGUUCAUGGCCCAUCGGGAGUUUGAAGACUUCUUUGAGAACAUGCAUAAAGAGCGCAUGCUGAGGGCCAAGGUGCGCGAGCUGCAGCGUUACCGCCGCAAUGGCAUCACCCGCCUGGAAGAGUCGGCUGAAUACGAAGCGGCGCGCCACAAACGGGAGAAACGCAAGGAGAAUAAAAGUGUGGUCACCUCCAAACGGGGCAGUGGAGGAGGAGGUGGGCUUGGCUCUGGGAUGGGACUUGGGGGUGGUGCUGGAGGGGGAGGAGGCAUUGCUGGAGGUUUGGGGGUUGGAGGUGGGAUCAAAGAAGAGGGCAAAGACGGCGAGUUUGCCGCCAUUGAGAACCUGACGGGCUUUGAGCUGCUGUCGGACAGAGAGAAGGUGCUGUGUAACUCUCUGAACCUCAGCCCAGCUCGGUACCUGACUGUCAAAACCAUCAUCAUCAAAGAUCACCUGCAGAAAAGGCAAGGCAUCCCGGCCAAGAGCCGGUUGCCCAGCUACCUCGACAAGGUCCUCAAGAAGCGCAUUCUCACCUUCCUCACAGAAAGUGGCUGGAUAUCCCGAGACGCCUCUUAGCAACCCAUCUUUGGUUGGGAAGCAGUUGAUGAUCAAUGAUUGCUGAGUUGCUACAAGCUCUGUAGGCAAACUACUGGCUUUCACCAACUUUUCAAAGGUGACCAUGUGAAUAUGUACAUUUAGGAUGCCCCACUGGAAAAUGUCUAUUUUCAUACCAGGGCUAGAAACAAAAGUAAGUCUAUAUUUUUACAUUUGGAACGGGACGCGGGUGAACAAAUCUCUGUGGGUUCAAAGUAUUUUGUGUCCAUAUUGUUACCAUAUGAUGGUAGCUACAAUACUAACAAGUAUUACGUAGUUCAAGAGAGAUUUUUGUGUUAUUGCAACAUGCUCAUUGAAGAAAUCUAUGGAGAAAUACUAUUUUGAAUCCAAACAGUGACGGAAGCCUAAUUUGGUAAUUUGGUCAACUUUGUUAGAUCAUUUUCUAGAAAUUUUCACACAGCUCGAGUAAACUCUCAACUUUUUGACCAAUCUUUUUUUUUUACUGCCCACAAUGGCAGGAAAAGAAAAUACAGGAGGGUUCUACAAUCGUCCAGCUUUCUCCGAAAUGCUACUACCUGAACACAAGUCGUAUCAUCUAUUUAAAGCUGUUGAUCUAAAGCUAGACCGAUUUAAAUGAGCUGUGCUGACAUGUCUACCAGUGUAUCAGCAUUGGCACAUAAAUGAAUCAACAAGAAAUGUCAGUUCAGGAACGCCAAAGAAAAUGUUUUAUAAUUAAGAAUCAGUGUUUCCAUCACAGUCUGUCCACCAGGCUAGGCAAGCUAUAAAAUGUCUCACUCAGUACAUAUCAUGGUCACAAUUCUAUUUAAAACAUCCUUUAUAAGAAAUAUUCAUUCACGUUGGCAUGUUAAUGUGGCACACUGGCAGAUAUAUUUAACCCUUAAACCCCCUCUCGACUUCAGAUCUUAGGUAUUUCUCUGUAACGUUAACUUCUCAUAAGCAACAUUCCAAUUCUAAAAAACAUCUUUGGGGAUUAUUUUAUUAAGAGAUUAAUGCUUAAAAAGUCCCCUUAUGUGCUUCAUCAGGACUGUGAUUCAGAUUUGAAAUAAUUAAUCGAUUAGCUGUUGAUCAUUCUUGUUUUGCCCACAUCCCAAAGAUAUUCAGUUUACUAUAUUUACAUUAGUGGAGUUGAAAUCAGAGAAUACUCCUUAAAAAAUCGUUUAUCAAAAACUGUCAUGAGGUUUGGAUUCAGUUGCCCCACCCCGAUUGUUGCAGAGAAAUAUAUGACAUCAACCAACUAACCAACCACUGAAUUGUUGCUAAAUCCUGAUUGGUGCCUGUAAGUAAUGAUGAUGUUGUGUCAUUCCAACUGAGCCCCACCCACUUGAAACCAGUGAGGGGAAAAAAAAAUCAAACGUUGGUAGAAAGGAGAGUUUAUGAUUGAUUCCUUCAUACAUGGUGAGAAAAGGUGUAUUCAAGGCCUUUAAAUAUCCAUGUGAGUAUCGGCUGGGCUAGUAUUUUAUUUAUGAUUUGUUCACCUGAAAUUAGUAUGGAGGAGACACGCAUCUUUGAAAAUGUAUUUAUUUUUACAGAAGCAUCUAGUACAGCUUUAAAUGUUAUACUGUCCACAUGGUACGAUGCAGGUAAAGAUGCUGAAUGUGUAAGGGCAUUAACCAAUGAUACUCAAAUAUACAGUUCCAAGAUUGUUGUUUACCGAGUGUCUUCGAUGGCAGUGUUCCUCCUCAUUCUAGUUUCCUAACACCACACAUGCCAUCUCAGAUGGUCUGUCAAACCAGACAUUGCCUGCAGUCUGAUAUUAGUGCUUAGGUAACUUCACUUGAAGGCAGAACUAUAACAGCAGCACUGGUGACAGUUUCCUGCUUUUUUUUUUUUUUUUUUUUUCCCUGCAAGCCGAGCAGUGCGGCGUCCAUUGUACUAUUUAAAUGUAAAUGAAGUUAUUGAAUGGGCUGUCAUUUCACGGCAGGAACAGAAGCUGUAAAAAAAAAAAGAAAAAAAAAAGAAGAAGAUGAUGAAAGAAAUCACAAAGAAGAAAGGCAUGUGAAUGUUACCGAAGCUGGAAAUGCAAGUAAUGAGUGGCGUUAGUUCUGUAGGGGUAAAAGUGGAGCUUUGCCUCUUUUUUUUUUAUGGUCAUUGAGGAGCAACGGCCUUGUGGAAAGAUGAUGGAUCAGCUGUGAGGGGUGUUCUGUAAUGGUCAAAAUCAGUCGUUGUUAGUCAGAUUUUAUCAACGCGGGGGUCCAAAGCAUCUUCCCUUGUGGUCAAACACUACAGCUGCUUUUAAAGGAUAGCUAGUUCUAUAUUUGUCUUAUUGUCAACAAAUCCCAUGAAAAGACCAAAACCCACAAUGAGCCGAUUCCGUAGUUUCCUUUUGACUCAACCCCACAUUCGCUACAUUAAUACACAGUUGAAAAUAGUCCCCAACAAAUGCAUUGUUUCCUACUGUUUGAGUUUGCUAAAUCCUACAGCGUUCAGCUGUUUUAGGAACCGACAUCCCUGACACAUUCUUCGAGAAGAUUCCUGUCUUCCACAGGAACCAGUUGGCUUGGGGCUGAGUUCUACAGACCGAGAAAGGAAGUCGGAAAGUAUUAAGAAGUGGACUAACUUUGAUUUUCCAGGGGGUAUGUUGACAGUGAAGAAAAUAUUCAACAUUGCCAGCCUUAUCUUUUAAAACUUAAAGUCCUGUCAUCUCUAUGCGUUGACUCCAGGCCUUUGUGGUACACGAUUUAAAGAAUCACUGGAAAACUUUCCAACGUUCAUUUUGGGUCACCUCCAGUGAAAAGAUUUCUUUUAGACUAUCUCUGCUGCACAUUAACCCAUUGCUAACAUGAUCUGAUCAGAGCUGGAUCCGUUAGACAGCUGUAGUCAGGUUUAUUGAAGACAAUUUUUUUGUGUUGAAGCUCAGUGGAAAGUUUGAGCAUCCUACUGUAACCAGAAUGUUCUUGAAAAGGCGAUGCUAAUUUCCAGCCUAUAAACCAAACCGCAAUGACCCAGAACUGUCAGGUGAAUUUUAUGGUUCUCCUUUGUUUGAAUGUCCUCUUUCUGUUUAUUCAUUUUUAAAUAGCUUAUAGUGAUUUCUCUUGAGUUUUGACAGUGGUGUCAUUCUGCAUGUGCAACCAAAUGUCCCGCAUUUGUUUCAAAAUGGUGUGUUUCGGUGUAAAUUUCUCAAAGACAAAUAUGGCAAUUUGAUUUUUUUUUUUGUAUGGGAAAGGGGGGUUGCUUACUUUGUCACCAAAUGUAAAUAAUUUUGUAAGAUAAAUUGGAAAAAGAAACUAUAAUUACUGACCUGUGAAAUGUACAGUAUUUUGUGUCAUGGAAAUUUUUUUUAUAGCUUUUGUAAUAAAAAACUGGUUUUGGAUUACAGAAAAAGCAUUUUCUGAAGCUUUGGGUAUGGUGAUGGCAUGCUGUUGAGCCGUCUUUAAUCUGGUUACCGAGCUGUUUUCUUGUCCUGUUACUUUGUUGUUGCACAUGACAAGGUAUGUAUGGAGAUGUAUUAAAAGUGCAAAUACUUUAUAAUUCUACAUAGUCUUGUUUCCUCUUCAGUCAUUUGCAGUACCUGUGAACCAAAAAACAAACCCAAAAUGUCUUUUAAUUGCAAUAGAGGGACAAAGAGAGGACUUGUUACUAAUGCUGCAACUGUGGACCAUGAGUCGAUACAAGAGCAGCAUGUUAAUGAGGUCACAAUGUUUUCAUUCACUGCGGCUACAAGUAAAGACACAUGUUAGAAUUCAAGAUAUGGAAGAGAUUAAAAUAGUAAAUUAAAAACUGGAAGUCAGAAAUAUCUAAAAGGUGAAACAUAAAUGGUGAACAAUAGACUAAAAUUCAAUUUUCAAUUAGUUUCAGUGGGAAGGAAAUAAGGCUUGAAACUGUGAUAUUAAAAAAAAAAAACACACAAUAUCAUGUAAAUGAUCCAGCACCUCUUAAAUCACUCUGUUCUAGGUUUGUGGUUCCCACCACAGUUAAAGUUUCAGACUCGUUCUCCACCUCUCAACACUAACAUUUUGAGUGCAAUUGAUUUACCAAACAAACAAAAAAAUAAAAAGGUAAAGAUGAAUUUGACUUAUAGCAUGUUUUUCUCACCAAAUUUCCUGAGAUAUUGCGGAAACAUCAGAAUUCUUUUGGUCACGAUAAUUGUUUAGUGAAAAUCUGAUAUUGUGACAGACCUAGAACAAA